CACCUUUAAGAGAGCAGAGCGCGUGACGCCCCUCUGAAAUGUCUUGGUAAACUUGUAAAUUGACUUUUUUCAUUACCUCGAGGGACUGAGAUGGCCACGCUGACGGACUGUAUAUAUAAAGGAGAACAGCAUGAACAUACUUAUGCUCGACUGUGGACGCAAAGCGAGCGGACCUGUAACGUUUAAUUGCAACGUUUACGCAAAGGCGCUCUUCUGGAUUUCUGUCUCCUCAAGUGGAUUGCUUUACGAGAAAGAUUGGAAUAUUUAUCUAUUUAUUAAUAUUUAUUUCUAAAAUAAAUAAAUAAAUAAUAAGAAAACGCAUAGGACACACAUACAUUUUAUGUGUGUGUUUGAAUUGAUAUAAUUAUUUUUAAACUGACAUUAUUUUUUACAGUACGCAAAUUCUGUCUGUAAGUAUAAAAACACCUGUCUUGGACUUUAAAGAAGCUCGCUAGUGAUGAUUUUAUGAUUUUUUCCUGAUCUUUUUUUCAUCCCGAUGCCCGCUCUAAUCGCUGUUAUGGAAUCGUUUGAGUCUUUUGUCACCGAGUCCACCGACAUCCCCACACCGGACGAUCCGUUCUCGGGUCCUCUCAAGUCUGUUGCGCCCUGGAAUUACACUUUCCUCGCCUGUCUGAUGUUCAUAGUGACUUCACUGUCUUUAAUAGAGAACUUCACCGUUAUGCUUGUGACGUUUAGAUUCAAACAUUUAAGGAAACCGCUGAAUUACAUUAUUGUAAAUUUAUCUGUUGCUGAUUUUCUAGUUUCACUGACAGGAGGCACUAUAAGUUUUCUAACUAAUGCACGUGGCUACUUCUUCCUGGGCGUCUGGGCGUGUGUGCUGGAAGGAUUCGCUGUCACUUUUUUCGGGAUUGUGGCUUUGUGGUCUUUGGCAAUCUUGGCAUUUGAGCGUUAUUUUGUGAUCUGUCGUCCUCUGAAAAAUGUCCGGUUGGGAGGCAAGCACGCAGCGAUGGGCCUUGUUUUCGUCUGGACCUUCUCGUUCAUCUGGACAAUCCCACCAGUUCUUGGCUGGAACAGUUAUACGGUCAGCAAAAUUGGCACCACCUGUGAACCCAACUGGUACUCGACUGAUUUCUACGACCACACCUACAUCAUCACCUUUUUCAUUACGUGUUUUAUCCUUCCUCUUGGUGUGAUCAUUAUCUCCUAUGGUAAACUUAUGCAGAAGCUCAGAAAGGUAUCGAACACUCAUGGAAGGCUGGGUAGUGCGCGUAAGCCUGACCGAGAGGUGGCGAGGAUGGUCAUUGUAAUGAUAGUUGCAUUCAUGGUUGGAUGGACGCCUUAUGCAGCAUUCUCAAUUACUGUCACUGCCUGUCCCACAAUUCAUAUUGAUCCUCGCCUGGGCUCAGUACCGGCCUUCUUCUCAAAGACUGCAGCUGUAUACAAUCCCAUCAUCUAUGUCUUCAUGAAUAAGCAGUUCAGGAAGUGUCUGAUCCAGAUGUUUAAAGGAAAUGUCACCAAUUUGGACUCCACCAAUCUGAACCAGACAUCUGACAAAGGAGCCAUCACUGCCACAGCAGAGAGUCACCUUGAAGAGAUGUCCACCAUUGCUGCUCGCGUGCCCAUGUCCAUGUACAACAUGGAGAAGAGUGAGGAUGAAGAGGAAGAGUCGGAGCAAAGUGGGAAUGAAGGUCCAAAGCAGCUCUCUUUAUCAGAUAGUCGAGUGUGUCCUUUGUAGAAAAGGGGUAAUCUGACUAAAUAAAUGUAUACAUUUAGUCUAACCUGUUGUCUAACUAAAGCAUAAAUCCUGCAGUUGUUACCACUAUUGGAAUGCAUAUGUUAGAAUGUAUUGUUUGCGUUUUCAAAUGUUCUUUGUUGUUGUUCGUAUUUCUUUAUGUUGUGGCGAUUUGGAGUCUCUGUGUAUCUGUAUACUUGUCAGUAUUGCGUUAUUACCUUACAUAAACAUGAAGGCAAGGCAAUACAUUUCCAUACAGUCCUCUGAACGAAUGGCAUUUGUUUUUCAGAUCUAUCUCCUCUCACUAUUUUGCUGAUUACACACUAGUACCAGUGCAAAUGCUUUUUGUGUGUGUGUGUUGGGGGGGGGGGAUUUAUGAGACAAGCACCGACAAAAACCCCCCAAAAAACUAAUAAUAAUGCAAAAAGUCAAAUAAAAUUAGCUGCUUUUGAAAAUGUAAAUAAUCACCCGCCUACAGCUUGGGACUCUUGCCCCACCUCUGGCUUCUUCUGAUUGGUCUGCUGUUUUGAAAUUGACAUUAAUGAGCUGCUCUUUGUCUCAAAAUCUAAACCUGACCUAAGACGGUCAUUCUAGUGCAUUUUUACAUAAAAAACUAAAUAAUACUUUUAAACGUAAAAGCAUGUCUACACAUCUCAGAAUCUAACAUGCUGCUGUAUGUGACACCAUAACAAUUCAUUUAGGCCUAGUGAACUAAUGGGUCAGACUGCUUUGGCAGUGUAUCUGCUUUGCAAUACAGUAAUAAACCAUGCAAUUAAUGUCCCUUAUCUCAUGGAAAAAGAUCCUCUUCUGACAAUUCAGUUUAUUGUCUAUUGUUGAUUUUUCAGUCUUGUUUUGAGAGUUUUAAUGGAGGAAGAGUGAUCAAAUUGUAUUUGUAUACUUUGGUAUAUGAGUGCUUGUGAGUUAGAAUGAACUGUCUGAAUCUCUUAUUAGGCCAUAUUGUUUGGUGUUUGCUAACAAUUUAUGUCCAAACUGAGUAUUGAUAUCGAUGUUUGUCUGUGGCAUGCCAUGUAAUGUUUUACGUAUGUAUUUAUUUAUCAAUGUC